UUUAUUACAAUCAUUUUCUCAAGGAUUGGAUUUUUACCAUUUGGAGCCAAAACGAAAAAUCUUAAACCCUAAACGGCGAAAACAAGGUGGGUUCUCUGUUGUGACGAGUGACGACUGAUUCGGUGAAUUUUUUUCAUCUUCUCUUAAGAAUGCCACCAUUGAGUAUGAAAAAAGAAGCAUCUGGAGCUUUAAAAAGAAAAAAAAGAAAGAAGCAGCAACAAUUUUUGAAGUCCCAAGCCAAUGCUAUCUUAAAGUUUGUUAAGAAGAAACCUCAAAGUUCUAGCAGAGUUGAAACAGUUGUUGGUCAGAGCAACGUUGUUCCUGAAAAUUUGGAUGAAUGUAAAGAGAAGCAACCCGAAAACUCUAGCAGAGUUGAAACAGUUGUCGAUUCUUCUCGAAUAAACGAGAACAUAGAUGUCGAUGAUAUCGGUCAGAGCAACGUUGUUCCUGAACAUUUGGAUGUAUGUAAAGAGAAGCAAAAACGGGUUGUGUAUCAAAGCAAGGGAAGUGAAGAGAGGAAGAAAGAUGUUUGUGAAGAUAUUUCUGAUCCUGGAAAUUGGGGAAAUGUUGAUAUGAAAUUGAGAGAUUUAUUGGUUGAAAACGGUCCAACGAUAAGACUAUCAACUGAUUAUAAGUUUCCUAAGGAUAGUAUUGGUAGACAUUUCUCUCAAGCUUUCUACACGAGAGAAAUGGUAAAUGGAGAAAAACAAGAUCGGCGAUGGUUGGUUUACUCCGAAACUUUAGAUAAAGUUUUCUGUUUUUGCUGCAAGUUGUUCAGACAUGAGAAAAACAGUGGUGGUAACUUGGCAACAACGGGGUACAAUAAUUGGAAGCAGCUUUCGACUAGGCUCAAAGAACAUGAAAAUUUUCAUGAUCAUAUUGCUUGCAUGACUCAGUGGAAAGAGUUGGAGGUAAGACUACAAAAGAAUCAGACAAUUGAUAAGCUGUUUAAGUUCUAGCUGUCUUGUCUUAGGUGAGAUUGGUAAGUUUGUGUUUUGGAAAAUGUGUUUACUGGAAACUAUCUACCGUGGUUCUAGCGUAAGUUUCUUAUGAUUCAGAACAACAUUUGUUUUUUUCAUGUUGGGGUGGUUUGUUUAUUAAUAUGAUUUGUUUUAUA